GGCUUUGGUGGAGAGAGUCGGUGGACCGGGUUGGGGGGGCUUCCGAUCCAGACUGCGCAGUUGGAUUAAAAAAAAAUCAAAUAAAAUUUAUAAAAAAAACAAACAGGGAUUCACUGGUUGUCGGACAGGCGACAUGGAGGUGCUCGCAGUUCUUAAUUUGGGCGAUUUUGCCCAGGCUUUCUCCAAAAUGGGAAUGUUUCCUGUGUUUGAUCUCGCUUAUUACAUCGUAUCCAUCCUCUACCUCAAGUACGAGCCAGGCUCGGUGGAGGUUUCUCGCAGGAGUCCCGUGGCCUCCUGGCUCUGUGCCAUGCUCUACUGCUUUGGUAGUUACAUCCUGGCAGACAUCAUGCUGGGAAGCAGCCCCAUAGAUUAUUUCCAGCACAACAGCCACAUCCUGCUGGCUUCAGUUGUCUGGUACCUCAUCUUUUACUGCCCACUGAACCUCUUCUAUAAAUGCGUGGCUUUCCUGCCUGUCAAGUUGGUGUUGGUCGCCCUGAAGGAAGUCGUCCGCACUCGCAAGAUCGCUGUCGGUGUUCACCACGCCCACCACGUCUACCACCACAGCUUCUUCAUCAUGGUCAUCGUCGGAUACGUCAAAGGGUCUGGAGUGGCUCUCAUUUCCAAUUUUGAGCAGCUGCUGCGCGGUGUGUGGAGGCCCGAGACCAACGAGAUCCUCAACAUGUCAUUCCCGACCAAAGCCAGCCUGUACGGAGCUAUCCUCUUCACCCUGCAGGAGGUUCACUGGCUGCCAGUGUCCAAGAGCACCCUCAUCCUCGUCUUCACCCUCUUCAUGGCCACAAGCAAGGUGCUGCUGACCGCCCAACACUCUCACGGUUCCCCCUUCGCGCUCAUUGAGUCCUGGGUUUGCCAUCUGCUGUUCGGCUCCCCUCUCGGUGGCUCCGAGGAGGACCGCCACCAUUCUCCGGCCGCCGCGCCAUCUUCCCCUCUCAAAACCAAGGAGGAGCUGAGCGAAGGCGCUCGCAAGAGAAAGGCCAAGAAAGCCGAGUAGGACGUCGCGCCGCACUGAGGAAACUGCAUCUGACUCGCCCUCAUGGCCUCCACAUGAUGGGACUUCCCAUUCCUUCCUAGGGAAAGGGGCAGUCUGAUGUUUUACCAAAUGAGACCCUUUCUGUUAGAGCAAAAUGGUGCUUUCUGGGUUUUACAUAGCAUGAGGACUCUGUAAAUAACACAGCAAAUGUUUCACACUUGAACCCAACCUGGACAUUUUAAAACCUACUUAUUUACGUGUCUGUGAACAUCUGUGCUCAACACUGUGCGGUGAUCCAUGUUCGUAGGAGCUGCAUGGUCGUUCUAGGGUGGCCUUCGUUCCACAUCAGUAGUUGUGUUACCAGAUGUCAGUGGUUUUCUUUUAGUCCACCAAACCUUAUUUAAUUAAAGACAUAGAAAAUACAAAUGAAUCUGACUUUCAAUCAGAAAUACAAAUGUGAAUAAAGCAUUAUGUGAAAGAACAUUGCUGCUUUUUUACAUUGAGGCGAAGACAAAUUCAAGUCUUUGAAUAAAAUCAAGAGAA